AUGUUCAUUGACGUUGCCAAAGGACGAAAGUUUGAUUUGGUCGAAGGUCAACUGUCUAUCGCUUCCGCGGCCUUACACACCACUACAGACUUGAUCAUUCAGAUCCUCUACGACCUUUGCGCUCAUCCGGAGUACUUUGCUCCACUGCGAGAGGAGAUCACUUCAGUCAUUCAAGAGCAUGGGUGGCAGAAGAAAACUUUCCAACAGCUGAAGUUCAUGGAUAGUUUGAUGAAGGAGACGCAAAGACUCAAACCGAUCGGCCAAACCGCCGUUCAAAGGGUACCUAUGGUAGACGUCAAAUUGUCGGAUGGGACCGUUCUUCCCAAAGGUAGCCACGUUGUGGUGUACAACGACGGCAGCCGUGACCCGAAAAUCUUCGAGAACCCGGAGAGGUUUGAUCCGUACCGAUUUCUCAGAAUGCGUAGCGAGCCUGGGAAAGAGAACUCGAAUCAGUUCGCUAGCACCAGUCCGAGCCAGCUAGGUUUCGGACACGGCAUACAUUCAUGCCCUGGGAGAUUUUUCGUCUCGAACGAGGUCAAGAUUAUUUUGUCUCACAUGGUCAUGAAAUACGAUUGGAAAUUUGCUGACGGGCAGGAUGUUCCGGAGCCAAUUGCGGUGGGCUCGGACUUUGUCACGAAUCCUGAAGGGAGAUUGAUGUAUAGACUGCGAGAAAAUCCUGCUUAG